UAUUACAUAAUGUAUGUGCAAUAGACUAAUACUUAAACGUAUUUUCAUACUUUAUCAAAACACAAAAAUCUCUUAAGCAAAAAAGCAAAAGUACUCACCAACUAGGAAUGGAUUUAGCACAAAUACUACACAUGAAUGGAGACGUCGAAGAAGCAAGCUAUGCAAACAACUCCUUAGUUCAGAGAGAGGCGAUUUCUUUGGCAGCAUCUUCAAGAGUUAAAGCUAUAACAAAUCUAUAUUGUAGCUUGUGCCCUAGAAGUUUUGCAAUUGCAGACUUGGGUUGCUCUUCAGGACCAAACACAUUGUUGGUGACCUCAGAAAUUAUUAAAGUUGUUGAAAAACUUUGUAAACAAUUGAAUCAUCAAUCUCCAGAAUAUAAGGUUUUUUUGAACGAUUUACCGGGAAAUGACUUCAACAGCAUAUUCAAAUCUCUCGACACAUUCAAAGAAAAACUACGCGAUGAAAUAGAAACUGAAAUAGGUCCUUGCUACUUCUCGGGUGUUCCGGGUUCCUUUUAUGGCAGAAUUUUUCCUAACCAAAGUUUGCAUUUUGUCCAUUCUUCAUAUAGCCUUCAUUGGCUGUCUAAGGUUCCCAAAGGUGUAGAUAACAAUAAGGGUAACAUUUGCCUAUUGAUCACAAGUCCAUCAAAUGUUGUCAAAGCUUAUUGCGAGCAAUUUCAUAUAGAUUUCUCUCUUUUUCUCAAUUGUCGUGCUCAAGAAUUAGUUGAAGGAGGUUGCAUGAUUCUAACACUUAUAAGCGGGUAUUCGAACUGUUGGGAACUUUUGUCAAAAGCUAUUAAUGAUAUGGUCAUGCAGGGAAUCAUUGAAGAAGAGAAACUCAAUACUUUCAACCUUCCAAACUAUUUUCCAUCUCCAUCUGAAGUGAAAUUGGAAGUUGAAACUGAAGGAUCAUUUUCCAUCAAUCAAUUGGAGGUUUCAGAAGUAAAUUGGUAUUCUCCUGAAUCUGAUAUGGUUGAAUCAGUAGUAAAAAGCAAGAGAGCUAUACUUGAACCUUUGUUAAUUAGUCAUUUUGGAGAAGGUGUCACUAAAGAAAUAUUUGAGCAUUUUGGAAAAAUAUUAACAAGUGGAAUAUCCAAAGAGAAAGCUAAGAUGGUAAAUCUUACCAUAACAUUGACUAGAAAACCAUGAGGAAAUCAUUUUGUCUGUGAUUAAUAUUUGCUAAAAGAUUUUAAAAAUUGUGAGUUAUUUGGAAGUCGUUAAAUGUUUAUAUUUUCUCUGAUAAGAUUAAAUGUAAUAAGCAAGAGGUUAAUACAAUUUAUUCUUUAUAUCAUUGAAGUGAUUUAUGAUUAAGAUCUCAGGGUUUUUUUUAAAGAGUGGAUAGGAGAACAUACUUCUAACCAAUUCACCCAAGUUGUCCCCCUAUUGUCCAUGACG